UUGCAGUUGAUUUCCUCUGCGUUUCAAAGAUGCCGAGUCUCCGAAGACCUUUGCAGAUUAUCGAUCAUCCUCAGAUUCUCUCCAGCUUCCGAUCCACAUUUAGUUCAAAUUUCAAUAUCGGAUACGGGGAUCGGAAGCUGUUUGGAGGAGUUUCAGAACAUCAUGCUUUCUAUGGAAGCUUUCGGAUCUGCAGAUUGGGAUGGAGUGCUUUCUGUCACAACAACAAGUAUUUCUGACAAUGAGAUACAUAAUUACAUGGUAAACACGAAAGAAUGUGUUUCUGCAAGAAGGUUGACAAGGCUACCUUCGAAACCCAAAAAUGGGGUGAAAUUCAGUGGGACCGAAGUGUGUCUGUCAGUUGUUAAAAUCGAGGAUGUCUUGGUGGGAGAGAUUAAGCGCUUCUUUCAAAAGAUGCUCAUUCUAAAGAUCCCUAAUAUUGCAACUGAAUUGGUGGUUGAGCGUGGAGAUACUCCUGGAUCAAGAGAAGAAUUUCAUUUCUUAGCAAAUGAAUUCAAUCCCUUACCUUUCUCAUCCUCACAUUUUGAACGUCUCAAGUCAGGCCUUGAAGAUUAUGUUUUGAAGCAUGGAAAUGUAUUAAUUAAACAGUGCUACUCAUGCUGCCUGAGUUUGGAGAAUCUCAAGGUCGGGAGUGGAACUGCAUGCCGCGUGGAAAACCAUAGGAAUACGGGACUGGUGAUGGAAGCAGUGAUUGUAAUAAGUGAGAUAUCAAAGCAAAUCACUACUUGCUUUAGAGCAUGCGGUGCUAAAACAGAGGUUUUGUACUUCAGAGAUUUCUCAGCUAGUCCAAUAUCUCAGUCGUCUCUGAAGGCACUAACAAGCAUUGACUGGAGAAGUUACGGGUUGACCUUAGGAAGUGUUGAGAAUCAAGAUGGCAAUGUUUUCUUAGAGUGGGACAACUUGCCAACUCAUGCCCAUAUAGAUAUUGUCCUCCAUCUAUACAAUGAGCAAUAUCCAGCAUUGUCACCAUCAACAAGGUUAAAGAAUCAACUUGAUCAUAAUCUUACUAAAAAAGCAGUUAAACUUGCUUUGGAUGAUUUGAGAGACAGACAUGCUGGAGUUCUUUUAAGUGCCCAUGCUGUCAAGAUUCGCAGUUAUGCUCCCGACCUGGCGAAAACGAUUGCUGGCCUAAUCUUGUCCUCCAACGACUCGGAUUUCCAACAAAAAUGCUUCUCUCUUCUUGGCGUGCAGUCUCAAGGAGUUGCGGGUGAAACCAUUGAAGAUUGCAUCAAGGAAAAGAUCAAUUCAGUGAUAGAAAUCAAUGACAAAAAGCCCCAGAGAAGCAAAGAUGCCGCUUCUUUUCUUUUUGAAGACGAAUGCUUUCAGGAGCCAGAGCUACAAGAUGAGGAAUAUGAAGGUACGAAUGCUUUUAGCCCCAUGGAUAUUUAAUUGAUUGAUUGAUUCUCGGUGUCAUGCGUUUAGUUAAAGUUCUGA